AUGUUGAAAUCUGUGCUGUUGUUGCUGCGAUUACUAUGGGUGCUGUGCAGGGCAGGGAGGCCAGGCAACAAGAGGCCAGGGGACAAGACACCCUUCUCAGAGCUAGAAAUCCUAGCACCUGUUUCUCUCACCCAGAGACAGACCCUGAGCAGGGAGAUGCUGCCCUGGCCCACCCCAGCUGCCGUGGGCUGUGGGCUCUUCUGCUGGGCAGCCCUUUGCUUCCUGGGGUCAGGCUCCACGGACACUGGGGUUACCCAGACACCCAAGUACCUGGUUGCUGGUGUGGGAAGGAAGAGGUCUUUGACGUGUGCACAAAGUCUGGGCCACAACACCAUGUACUGGUACAGACAGCUCCCUGACAAGCCCCCAGAGCUCAUGUUUGUCUACAACUACAAGGCGAUGUCUGUAAACGAGACCAUUCCCAGUCGCUUCUCCCCCGAAUGCCCCAACAGCUCUCACCUGCACCUCCAUGUGAAUGGACUGCAGCCCAUUGACUCGGCUGUGUACCUGUGUGCAAGCAGCGAAGACACAGCCUUACAGAGCCACCACCUCCCUCAGCAUAAACCAAAGCCCAGCAGGAAGCCGGAGGGUGCCCCAGGGCUGGUGUUACCACAGGGGACCACGAAGGGGACACUGUUUCUGAUAACCAGACACCUGGGCCAGGAGAGCUCAGUUCUGCUGAGACGAGACCCUGCUAUGUACCCCAGGCUCCUGUGUUGUUGGGUGUUGCUGAGUCUCCUGGAAACAGGACACUCAGAAUCUGGAGUCCGCCAGACCCCGAGCCACCAGGUCACCAGAAUGGAACAGACUGUGAUCCUCCGGUGUGACCCCAUUCCUGGACACUUAUACCUGUAUUGGUACCGACAGAUCCCAGGGCAGAACCUAGAAUUUCUGAUUUCCUUCUUUAAUGAUAAGCUUUCGGAGAAAUCAGAAAUGUUCAAGGACCGAUUUUCUGCAGAGAGGCCCGAGUCUUCAUUCUCCACCCUAAAGAUUCAGCCCGCGAAGCCAGGGGACUCAGCCGUGUAUUUAUGUGCCAGCAGCAAGGACACAGCCCUGCAGAGCCACCUCCUAGCCGUGCACAAACCCACACAGCCCCCACCUCUCCUCCAACUACCAACACCCGUUCCCAGAAGGGAAAGGGAAGUCUGA